CGGAAAAGCUUCGUGCUCACGCAAAAGCCUUCCUCGGAAAUCACCUCUUAGCUGGUUUUGCUGUGGUGGUGAUGGUGUCAAAGUUACAUUAAAGUGGUCGUUUCCAGUCUAACACAAAUGGAUUUAACCAAGAACGAUGUGGGAUCGAACAGAAGCAACAUGCAGUUGCGAAAUCGAAGAAUCUUUAAAGAUGUAAAACAGAGAUCUGCACUAAAGAGGAAGAAAGACACCCAGCCCACAGCUGUUAACGGCUCUGAGGAACCACACAGUCCAUCAGCUAAAGAUGAAGGGUCCCCUGAAAAAAUCCAAAAGCUCCAGGUUGAAGACAGUUCGGGAGAUGAACUUGAAAAUGACAGGGUUGAAAUGGAUCAAAUUGAAAAUGAAGGACAGGACCAAGACAUGGACUCAGAGGACACAAAUGAUAGUCAUGAAGCAGUUGUGAAAACAAAACAUCUCAUGGAAAAAAGUGAUCUUAAAAUGCAGCAUGUUGGAAAUCUGGAAGCUGACGAGAUGAGGAUGUUCUUGCCAUAUGUGAAGCGCAUUCACGAAAAGCAUCCGGGGCCAGACCCACUCCAGCUCAGAGGAGGAGGAGACCAAGCUUAUAGUUCAAAAACAAUAUCAACAGAACUUUCCAGUAUAGGUUCCAACUUUGCUAAAUAUAAACCUCAGGAGAACAUGCAGGAUGUGUUAGUGAGGAGAAGCAUAAAAGAAUAUGGAGGAAAAGCCAAAGAUGUUUCCAGUGGUGAACCUCUGGAGGGUUUUUACUAUCGUCCAAUUGUAAAAGGCCACAUAACCAGCUUCCACAAGACAAAUAACAUUCCUGCUGAAAAUACAUUUAUACAGCACACAAAGAAAGUAUUAAAACAACCAGUCAUCACAAAAGCAAAUUCAGCAUCCUCCUCAAAAGGGUAUGUAAGGAGUUUAUGCAGGUGGCUUCUGUGGGUUAUGUUUCUGUUGGCCAUACUUGCAUUGGGUUUAAUGGGUUAUCAGAACUUUCCAGUCUCAUUUAUUGUAAACACAAAAACAGGAAAUCUGCCCAGUGUACAUUUUGGAGCCAACUUGGCUGCACUAAAGCUUAUGUUCCCUAGUCAACGUCAAGAACUAUGGAAGAGGACCGAUAUUCAUGUUAUGCAGCACCUUAAGAUGACCAAUCCAACAGAGCCAGUGAGCCUUAUCCUAGCCUCAGGUCACGGGGCUAAGAAGACUCUGGGCUGUCUGGCUCAACAUUUAGCAACAGCAUUUUCAACCGCCCACAACUCUUCAAUCCUGAGCAUUGAUGGAACCAGCAAAACAGCACAAGACAGUGAUCAGGUGAAGCUGGACAUUGAUAAAGAGUUAAAAACGGCAUUUGAGGGUGAAGUACGAGCUGCUGUUAUUCACCAUUUUGAAAAGUUUCCUCCUGGAUCCACACUUAUCUUCUACCGCUACUGUGAUCAUGAAAACGCUGCCUAUAAGAAAGUCUUCCUUGUUUUUACUGUGAUGCUCCCUGUGACUGAAAUCAACUCAGAACUUAGUCUACGUGAAGUGGAGGAGCAGGUACAAGAAUAUUUAAAGGAAAUGUUUGUCUCCUCUGCCAGGACAGCCACAUUUAAUGAGAUGGAUGUGGACAAGCUAAGUGGGCUAUGGAGUAGAAUCUCACAUCUCGUUCUACCAGUGGCAGCAGAGCAGAAAUUUGAACAAGAUGGCUGUGAAAGCUAAGAGUUUCUGAAACUAAAUAAUUUUACAACAUAUUGAGCAUCAUUACUGUAAUACUGAAUUGAUAAUAAUUCAUUUUGAGCAGCUAAUUAUUUUUGUGUUGAUAUUUUUACUCACGUUCUUGACAUCUACACCAUUUUUAAUAUUCUUGACUGAGUCUGUAGGGCACUAUGUAAAAAGUAAAGAAAUUUUAUUCAGGUUCAAAUUGAUUUCAACUUUUUGGGCACCAUAUUAUUUGACAGGUUUUUUUUUUACAUUAUUUACAGUUCAUUUAGAUUAGGGAAGAAGUUCAAUUCUGUAUGUGUAGGAGCAAGAAUUUUCUUACACACCUUGUGCAUUAUCAGUUUGUAUUAUUUUGUUUAAUAUAAAGUUGCUGGAGUUUAUGUAUUGUAAACACUUGCUUUGUUCUGGCUCAAUGUUUUGCACUUGUCUAUUGUAUAUUAAAAUUCUAAUGUUUUUUUAUGUGCUUGUUGGUGUAAUACAUUUCUUAAGGUAUUGUUUUAUUCACUUCUUGUGUGCCUUUCUUGCUGCCAUGACAAACUUGGGACAGUAAGGAAAAUAUAAAUAAAAUAAAAAUGCAGUGUUCCUUACAUUUACUUUGACUUUUAUUUGAUUGCAGAUAGUUUGAACCCAAGAUAUUUCCUGUUUUGUCUUCUCAACUUCAUUUCAUUUAUUAAUAAACAUCUAUUCUUGCAUUUCAGGCCUGCAACUCAUUCCAAAAAAAGUUGGGACGGAGGCAAUUUAGGGCUAGUAAUGAGGUGAAAAAUUGCACAUAUUACAAAGGCAUUGCUGCGGAAGAAGAGGGUACAUGUACUGGACUGGCCUGCCUGCAGUCCUGACCUGUCCCCAAUAGAGAAUGUGUGAAAAAGUUUAAAACGAAAAAAGCGACGACGACCCCAUACUGUCACACAUCUUAAAACGUUUUUGCAGGGAGAAUGAGCUGAAAAAUAAAAGCUGAAACAAUAAAUCAUUUGAUAUCCUCAGUGCCAAAAUGUCUUUUAACUGUGGUGAAAAGGAAUGGCAACAUUACAAAGUGGUAAAUGCUUUACUGUCCCAACUUUUUUUGGAAUGUGUUUUUUUCCUGAAAUGCAGGAAUGGAUGUUUAUUAAUAAAUGAAAUGAAGCAGAUAAAACAUGAAAUAUAUCAGGUUCAGGUUCUGCAAUUAAAUAAAAGUCAAAGUAAA